UGUGGCGCUGAGCUGAGUACUAGGCGAUGUAUGGGCUGGUCUUUGUGAAGAAGCGGCAGUGCCUGCGAGAGGCGCAGGGCCAGCUGGAAUUGGGCAGAAGCGGCGGGUCGGAGCAGGGUCCAGGCUCGUCUUGCGCCUUGCCUAGUUUGCACAGAGCAUGAUGACGAACGAUCUCUCCCCUUCCCUCCUUCCCCUGUUGGCGGCGCCUUUCGCCUUUCGCAGUGACGGCCUAUGACUCGUACAUGAGUGCGCCGCUCAACGGCGCCGGCUCGAAGGAUGCGUACGGCUACGGCGACGACGCCUACGGCUCGUACGCCGACGAUGCUGCGCUGGGCGACGAGGAGGAGUUUGACUCGCCCGACGACGAGAUCGGGCAGGAAGACCUCUGGGACGUGAUCCGCGCCUUCUUCGACGAGAACGGCCUCGUGCAGCAGCAGUUGGCGAGCUUUAACGAGUUCGUCAACAACACGAUGCAGGAGCUCGUUGAGGAGGUCAAGAGCAUCACGCUCGAGCAGCUCGAUCAGCACACCGGCUUCGCAGGCGACUGCACUCGUCGCUACGAGAUCGAGUUCGGGCAGAUCUACCUCUCGCGUCCACAGAUGACCGAGUCCGACGGCAGCUCGGCAGAAAUGUGGCCGCAGGAGGCACGGCUACGUAACCUGACCUAUGCUGCUCCGCUCUUCCUGGACAUGAAGCAGCGGCGUCUCGUCCAGCACGAGGAUCCCAACAUGAUCGAUGAUGCCACCGGCGACCGAUUGUGGGUCGACGACGACAACUACACGCCGCCGUCGGACAAAGAUGACCCGAAGAUCUUCAUCGGCAAGGUGCCGAUCAUGCUGCAGUCCGAGUUCUGCUGGCUCAAGGGCCUCGAGGAGGAGCGCAUGUACCAGCUCAAGGAGUGCCCGCUCGACUCGGGCGGCUACUUCGUCAUCAACGGCUCGGAGAAGGUGCUGAUCGCGCAGGAGCGCAUGGCUGCGAACCACGUCUACGUCUUCACCAAGCCUGCGCCGUCGGCGUACACGCACCUGGCCGAGAUCCGCAGUGCCGUCGAGAAGGGCGGCAAGACGAUCAGCUCGAUGCAGAUCAAGCUCUUCGCGCGGCACAAGGAGAAGGCCACGCACAACGCCAUGCGCGCCACGCUGCCCUACAUCCGCGCCGACAUUCCGAUUGUCAUCGUGUUCCGUGCGCUCGGCAUCGUGCCAGACCGCGAGGUGCUGCAGCACAUCUGCUACGACGACAACGACACGGCCAUGCUCGAGCUGCUCAAGCCGUGCAUUGAGGAGGCGUUCGUCGUGCAGGACCGCGAGUUUGCGCUCGACUUCAUCGGGCGGCGAGGCGGCGGCACGGGCCUGAGCAAGAACAAGCGGCAGCAGUACGCGCAGGACAUCCUGCAGAAGGAGGUGCUGCCGCACAUCUCCAUCUCCGAGGGCGCCAGCACGAAGAAGGCCUACUUCUUCGGCUACAUGGUGCACCGCCUGCUGCUGGCCGCGCUCGAGCGGCGCGAGAUCGACGAUCGUGACCACUUCGGCAAGAAGCGUCUCGACCUUGCCGGUCCGCUGCUCUCGGGCCUGUUCCGCAUGCUCUUCCGGAAGCUCACGCGCGACAUCUACCGGCAUCUGCAGAAGUGCGUCGAGGAGCAGAAGGAGUUCUUCCUCGAGGCCGCCGUCAAGUCGAGCACGAUCACCAACGGCCUCAAGUACUCGCUCGCCACGGGCAACUGGGGCGACCAGAAGAAGUUCAUGCAGGCCAAGGCCGGCGUGUCGCAGGUGCUGAACCGCUACACGUUCGCGUCGACGCUGUCGCACUUGCGGCGCUGCAACACGCCCAUCGGGCGCGACGGCAAGAUCGCCAAGCCGCGCCAGCUGCACAACACGCACUGGGGCAUGGUGUGCCCGGCCGAGACGCCCGAAGGCCAGGCGUGCGGUCUCGUCAAGAACCUCAGUCUCAUGUCGCUCAUCUCCGUCGGCUCGCCGUCGGCGCCAAUCAUCGAGUUUCUCGAGGAGUUCGGCCUGGACAGCCUCGUGGACAUGCGCCGCGAGGACGCGCGCGCAACGAAGAUCUUCGUCAAUGGUGUCUGGCAGGGCACGCACGGCGAUCCGACGAGCCUCGUCGAGACGCUGCGCGACCUGCGCCGCAAGGACGACAUCACCAUGGAGGUCAGCGUCGUGCACGACAUUCGCGAGAAGGAGCUGCGUCUCUACACCGACGCCGGCCGCGUGCUGCGGCCGCUCUUCAUCGUCAACCCGCACGACAAGACGCUGUGCAUCAAGAAGCAGCACAUGCAGUGGCUCUCCGACGGGUACAAGCCCGACGGCACGCCGUUCGCAUGGACGCAGCUGCUGCAGGAGGGCGUGAUCGAGUACCUCGACGCCGAGGAGGAGGAGAUCGUCAUGAUCGCCAUGAGCUGCUCCGACCUCGAGUACUCGCGCGCCCACAACGCCAACCCGGCGUGGGAGCGCGACAGCGGCGGCGACCCGUCGGCGCGUCUCGUCUCGCUGCACACCUAUGCGCCCGACACCUGGACGCACUGCGAGAUUCACCCGGCCAUGAUCCUGGGCAUUUGCGCCAGCAUCAUUCCGUUCCCGGACCACAACCAGAGUCCGCGCAACGUGUACCAGUCGGCGAUGGGCAAGCAGGCGAUGGGCGUGUACCUGACCAACUACCAGAUGCGCAUGGACACGAUGGCCAACAUCCUCUACUACCCGCAGCGGCCGCUGGCGACGACGCGCUCGAUGGAGCACCUCAAGUUCCGCGAGCUGCCGGCCGGCCAGAACGCCAUCGUGGCAAUUCUCUGCUACUCGGGCUACAACCAGGAAGACUCGGUCAUCAUGAACCAGUCGUCGAUCGACCGCGGCCUCUUCCGCUCGCUCUACUACCGCUGCUACACGGACAUGGAGAAGAAGGCGGGCAUGGUCGAGAUGGAGGUCUUUGAGAAGCCGAUGCGCGAGACGACGAUCCGGCUCAAGCACGGCACGUACGACAAGAUCGACCUCGACGGCCUGUGUGCGCCCGGCACGCGCGUCUCGGGCGAGGACAUCAUCAUCGGCAAGACGACGCCGCUGCCCGGCGACUCGGAGGAGCUGGGCCUGCGCAGCAAGCUGCACACGAAGCGCGACGUCAGUGUGCCGCUGAAGAGCACCGAGUCGGGCAUCGUCGACCAGGUGCUCGUCACGACGAACGGCGAGGGCGUCAAGUUCGUCAAGGUGCGCGUGCGCUCGACGAGGAUACCGCAGACGGGCGACAAGUUUGCCUCGCGCCACGGCCAGAAGGGCACCGUCGGCAUCUGCUACCGGCAGGAGGACAUGCCGUUCACCGUCGAGGGCGUGACGCCCGACAUCAUCAUCAACCCGCACGCCAUUCCGUCGCGCAUGACGAUCGGCCACUUGGUCGAGUGUCUGCUGUCGAAGGUUGCCACGCUGUCCGGCCAGGAGGGCGACGCCACGCCCUUCACCGACCUCACCGUCGACGCGGUCAGCACGAUUCUGCGGCAGCUCGGCUACCAGUCGCGCGGCCUCGAGGUCAUGUACAACGGCCACACGGGGCGCAAGCUGCAGGCGCAGGUCUACCUCGGCCCGACGUACUACCAGCGCCUCAAGCACAUGGUCGACGACAAGAUCCACUCGCGCGCCCGCGGCCCCGUGCAGAUCCUCACGCGCCAGCCCGUCGAGGGCCGCAGUCGCGACGGCGGCCUGCGCUUCGGCGAGAUGGAGCGCGACUGCAUGAUUGCGCACGGCAUGAGCGCCUUCCUCAAGGAGCGCAUGUACACGGCGUCCGACGCGUACCAGAUCCACGUCUGCGACACGUGCGGCCUCAUUGCCGUCGCCAACCUCAAGAAGAACACGUACGACUGCCGCUCGUGCAAGAACCGCACGGCCAUCUCGAAGAUCUUCAUCCCAUACGCGGCCAAGCUCCUCUUCCAGGAGCUCAUGGCGAUGGGCGUCGCCUCGAGACUCUAUUAAUGCCCGGCCGCCGGCACACGGCCACCUGUUCGACACCCCUCCUCAUCAUCGCAGCCCACUCUCUUCUC